UCAGUUAACUUGCAAGCCACUCGAAAUCGCAACAGCUCCAGGUUCACAACUUUCAAGACUCAACGUUAGUUAAGUUUGUUCCUUUCUAUUUACGCAUUACCUACCUCGAGAAUUUCCACCUUCCACUUCCUCAUCCUCGAAAUAAGUCGACCCAUCUUGCCAAUUAUCCCACGCGGACUCUUUUCUACUUGCACCCCAUCCAUUCGUUAGUCCAUGCAUCUCUCAUCUUUUGAGCACUAUGCUUGGAGCUCCCCUCAUGGUUAACAAUUGGAUCAAUCCUCGGUAUUAAUCUCCAUCGCGUCAACCCGAACAUUGGAUCCUGACUCAGGAUAUUUUCGUCCGGACGGCCAAUCUAACCCAAAUAACUUUCUUGCACGUCCCAUUCACCUUGUCCAUCCCAAAAUCUCAGGCCUAUCUUGUCCUCCAUUGCAAUUCCUAAUCAGACUAGACGCUUUAUAUCCUUAAGAACCUUAGCUAUGAGCGGUUCCAUCGAGGCCGUGGUUGAGACGCUCGACCCCAUUGCAAAGCGUCUACUUCCACCGGAGAUUCCUAAGGGAACAUUGGUGCCUUUAAAGACCGUUCUUGAACUUCGCGAAGGCUUGGCGCUUUGCCAAGUUUAUGUCACACGUGCGCCGCAGAAAUGCACAUUCGGUGUUUUCGAAGUUGCUAAGCGCAUCGCAGGAAAUGACGGUGCUCGAAACCUUCCACACCUGCGGCGUUGCAUAAAGCCGGCCGACCUACCCCCCCACCUCAAAACAGCCUUUGUCAAUGAAGGCAAUGGCCGAAGCAUCCACAUGGCCAAGUCCCAAUGGCUAUACAUUGUUCUUGGCCCAAAGACAGAGCUCCCGUAUGAGGAACUCGAAAAGGCACUCCGUGCUGUUGAUGGAAUAGGAGAAGAGGUUUGGUUAGGAGAGAUCACUGUGCCCCUGUUAGCGCCGAGUUCUCAGGCCCAGGCUCAUAUGUGGUCCCAUGAAUUUUGGCAAACAAUAUAUCGGAAAAGCAACCCUUUGGGUCCUCAUCCUAGUACCGUACAGCGCAUGGAGACGGCCGUCGCUCGUGAUGCUGCAGUAUGGAUUGCUCUGGCACAGCAGACAGCAAAGAAAGCCCAAAAAGCUGGCAUGGGCGAGCCAAUUGGAGCUGUUAUCAUUAAGCGCACAAUACCACGGAGAUCUGACUCCGGAAAAUCGAAUGCGGCGAAACAAGCUGGUGCUAAGAAAGGAGCUUGUACUCAAAAGGAAGCUGAUGACGACGAGGGUAGUGAUGAUUGGAACGCUGACAACAGUGAUGGUGACGGCAUGACCAGUUUUGCUGAGCUCACGAACAGCAUGAAGCAGCUGGAUGUUUCGCAAUCGACAACCCAGCCUCAGUCAAAUCUUAAGGCAAAGUCGGACUCGAAAGAGACGACACAAAUUGUCGCCAUUGCUGGUGAUGCUCGUUGGCAUAAACAUGGCUGUUUCGGAGACACGGGGAAUCCUAUGGCUCAUGCAGCUCUUCGAGCCAUCAGUAUGGUGGCACAGAAAUUGGUGAGGUCUGAAAAUAGACCUGAAUCAGAAGAACAGAUAAUGGAGUUUGAAUGCUUCCAAGAUAAGCCUCUGCUCAAUGAUGAACAGCUGGUAUUUGAUAUCGACCACCCUAGCCCCGAUGGCUAUCUAUGUCACGACUUGGAGCUUUACCUAAGCCAUGAGCCUUGUACAAUGUGCUCAAUGGGUAUUCUCCACUCCCGUAUGGGCAGGGUGGUCUUCGGUCGUCGCAUGCCCUUGACAGGCGGCAUGACUUCCGAAGACCGAGCCAGUGGUAUAUGCGGGGAUUCUGGAAUCUGUGAAGGAUCCUGCGGUGGUGGACAGGGUCUUGGUUUACAUUAUCGUAAGGAAUUGAACUGGACGCUACUUGGUUGGGAGUGGGAGGCAGACUCCCCAGAUUCCUUACCCCUUGACCCACACAUACACGCAUAGGCAUUUUCAGUCUUCUUGAUGAACAUGGGAGGCGUUCAGUUCGUGGCAAAAAAAGGAGUUUGGCAAUCGCUCUCCUAGAUUGGCGUUGGGGAUGCAUGCGGCGUUAGAUGAAAUCAUACGGUUAUGCAAAAGUCACACAGGGGGCGUCGUCGAGGGCAUGACAGAAUUCGCUACUCGACAUCCUGUUGCUCAUUUCUUUUUAUUCUUCUACUGUUUUUCUUACUGGAACCUUGAUCAUCAAGGGUCGCCUGGGCAAUUUCUUAACUCUGACCCGUCUGAGCCAAAAGGAUAUCCCGGUACCGGUUGUAUAUCUUUGGUUCGAAAGGCUCCAGUAAUUGUAGAUAGUACAUUUUCUAAAACCAGAACAUUAUCUUACAACUACCUGCAUUCAAGGUAGAACCCGU